UGCUAUUUACCCAACUUAAACCCUCUGUGUGGGAAAGCUUAAACCCAAUAACCUUGCAUGUACUGGCGAGUGCAGCUGAACGGCAUGUGAGCUCGAUGCCAUGGCGGCUCUGAAACUGGCCCUCAACCAAUCUCGCCGCCAUUGCUCCUCGCUUUCGACCUUGAAACUCUUUUACUUCUCUUUCUCUCAAUUUCCAGGGAUUCAGCGUCUAACUCCUCCCAUUUCCUCUAAUCUAGGGUUUCAUCAAUGCAUAUCUUCUCUUUCUUUAGGUCUUGGGUCUCAAUUCGCCCCUUUCUCUUCAUCUUCUGAUUCAGACCCUCAAUUAAAGCUUGAACCGGAAGCUCCUGAGAAACCACCUAGGGUUUCUCCAACACUGAAACCCGUUUCUUACCCUGUAAAACCUAAAGAUCAUGCACACGAAGAAGUAGAAGAAGCCCCAAAAACCACCUCUAGAAGAUCAAGAGAACCUCGGCAUUUCGUGUCUCAAAGCUUUGAACCUGAAUCUGAGUCCAAAGCUGAACAAGAUGCAGAGACUGAGGCUCGAAGAUGGACCAGAGAAGACAUUCGUUAUGUGAAGAAUGUUCCAAAUAUUUCUCCUAUUUCUUAUCCUACAAAGGUUGCUCCUCUUCCUGAAGAUAGGAGUAGCGCAGAUGAUGGUGUAGAGAGAGAAGGGGAUGGGAAAGAGGAGCCGAGGAGAGAUAGGGCUGAGGAAGAACAAGAAAAGGAAGAUACUUUGAUCUUUGAGAGUAAAGGUAGAAAGAUUGAUGCAGAGACAAGGAUAAGAAGGGUUCUGAGAGUGGAGGAGGAAAAGGUUCCAUUUCCGACAUUGAUCAAGGUGGAGAAGAAUAAGCCCGCGACCCCCAUGGAGUUGCAGGAGGCCAUUAGAGAGGUCAAGGCCAAUGCCCGGCAGAAGUUUGUUGAAACGGUUGAAGCGCAUGUAGUAUUGGGUGUUGACCCACGUCGUGGUGAUCAGAUGGUGAGGGGCGCUAUCACACUUCCUCAUGGAACUGGGAAGACUGUUAGAGUAGCUGUAUUUGCAGAUGGUGCAGCAGCAGAUGAAGCCAGGGCAGCGGGUGCUGAUGUAGUUGGUGCAGAUGAACUGAUUGAGGAAAUUAAGAACGGCGGGGGCAAGCUAAAUUUUGAUAAGUGCAUUGCAACUCCUAGUUUUAUGCCCCGACUUGGAAAGAUAGCAAGAAUUCUCGGUCCUCGUGGAAUGAUGCCCAAUCCCAAGCUAGGAUCUGUGACUAGCGAUGUUGCUACGGCAGUACAAGCAGCAAAACGUGGUCGUGUUGAUUUUAAAAUAGACAAAACUGCUAUUGUGCAUGCAGGCCUUGGGAAGGUCGAUUUCUCUGAUGAAGCAUUACGUGAAAACAUUGGGGCUUUUGUUAAUGCUCUUUUGGAAGCCAAGCCCAUAGGUCUAAAGAAGACCUCAAAAUAUGCGGGGUACAUGAACUCCUUCACUCUAUGCUCUACGAUGGGACGUGGAUUUCCUGUUUCAAUUCAGUCCCUUUCUCUGGCUGCAGAUCAAUACACUAGGUUGAGUCCCAAGUGAUUGCUGUUCAUGAAUAUUAGUUUCUCUUCAUGGAAAGAGGAAGAAAAAUGAAAUUUGCGAGCUUUGCAUGUCUGUGUGCAUGUAUUUUAGUCCUCGAUGGAUGUGUGCCACCAGUAAGCUGUUUAUGGCCAUGGCAUGGGUGACAAUUUUGAUUGCGAGAUAAAAUCUCAGCAUUUUUCUUGAAAAAGAUGAAUAGAAUAAAAGACAAAAAAACAUCUGGAGUCCUACUGAUGAUUCAUUUUGGAAACAAUUUUGUGGUUAUUUAGUGGAAACAUUUCUUUAUUUCUA